AGAGCCGCGGAGGCGGCGGGCUCCCGGCCCGAGGAGCGGCGGAGGCCGCGGCGGUGCCGCCACGAUUGCGGGCGAGCGCGGCGCCCGUCAGCGCGGCCCAGAGGCGGCGGCGGCGGCAGAUCUCUCCAUACUAAUGGAAAUGUAACUGGAACUGACUUUGAUGAUAAAAUCAACAACCAUCACGCAAGAUCAUGUAGUAGGAAUUUUUGCUUCCAGAUGAAGACACCGACAUUUAGAAUUUCUACUUUCUAAGACUUUCCUGUUCCUCAUUAAGCUGCCGCAUCUCCGCCUCUUCUUGACCUUCUCUCCCCCAACCAACCUCCUUUGUGAGCGUCUUCAGACUCCCUAGUGCUUCUUCCUCAGACCCACUCUGCAAAGUCUUUAGUUUUUCCAGUUGUUCCCAUAAUUGGCCUUCAAUGUGAGGUGAGAGUGAAAAGACUAGAGCCAUCUCUGGAGAACAUCUUUACCCCAUUCCCCUGGAAGCCACCCUUCGGAGCACUGACUUGACCCUGUUUUGAGGACUCAUUAUGAACAAAGAAGUCUCCCAGGUGUGAAGUUUUUCAACAUGAGUGGCCUCGGGGACAGUUCAUCCGACCCUGCUAACCCAGACUCACAUAAGAGAAAAGGAUCGCCAUGUGACACACUGGCGUCAAGCACUGAAAAGAGGCGCAGGGAGCAAGAAAAUAAAUACUUAGAAGAGCUAGCUGAGUUAUUGUCUGCAAACAUCAGUGACAUUGACAGCUUGAGUGUAAAACCAGACAAAUGCAAGAUUUUGAAGAAGACAGUCGAUCAGAUACAGCUAAUGAAGAGAAUGGAACAAGAGAAAUCAACAACUGAUGAUGAAGUACAGAAAUCAGACAUCUCUUCGAGUAGUCAAGGAGUGAUAGAAAAGGAAUCCUUGGGACCUCUUCUUUUAGAGGCUUUGGAUGGAUUUUUCUUUGUUGUGAACUGUGAAGGGAGAAUUGUAUUUGUGUCGGAAAAUGUGACCAGCUACUUGGGUUACAAUCAGGAGGAAUUAAUGAACACCAGUGUCUACAGCAUACUGCAUGUGGGAGAUCAUGCAGAAUUUGUGAAGAAUCUGCUACCCAAAUCCCUAGUAAAUGGAGUUCCUUGGCCUCAAGAGGCAACACGACGAAAUAGCCAUACCUUUAACUGCAGAAUGCUAAUUCACCCUCCAGAUGAGCCAGGCACCGAGAACCAAGAAGCUUGCCAGCGCUAUGAAGUAAUGCAGUGUUUCACUGUGUCACAGCCAAAAUCAAUUCAAGAGGAUGGAGAAGAUUUCCAGUCGUGUUUGAUUUGUAUUGCACGGCGCUUACCUCGGCCUCCAGCUAUUACGGGUGUAGAAUCUUUUAUGACCAAGCAAGAUACUACAGGUAAAAUCAUCUCUAUUGACACUAGUUCCCUGAGAGCUGCUGGCAGAACUGGCUGGGAAGAUUUAGUGAGGAAGUGCAUUUAUGCUUUUUUCCAACCUCAGGGCAGAGAGCCAUCUUAUGCCAGACAACUAUUUCAAGAAGUGAUGACUCGUGGCACUGCCUCCAGCCCAUCCUAUAGAUUCAUAUUGAAUGAUGGGACAAUGCUUAGCGCCCACACCAAGUGUAAACUUUGCUACCCUCAAAGUCCAGACAUGCAACCUUUCAUCAUGGGAAUUCAUAUCAUCGACAGGGAACAUAGUGGUCUUUCACCUCAAGAUGACACUAAUUCUGGAAUGUCAAUUCCCCGAGUAAACCCCUCCGUCAAUCCUAGUAUCUCUCCAGCUCACGGUGUGGCCCGUUCAUCCACUUUGCCACCAUCCAACAGCAACAUGGUAUCCACCAGAGUAAGCCGCCAGCAGAGCUCAGACCUUCAUAGCAGCAGUCAUAGUAAUUCUAGCAACAGCCAAGGGAGUUUUGGAUGCUCACCUGGAAAUCAGAUUGUAGCCAGCGUUGCCUUAAGCCAGGGACAGGCCAGUUCCCAGAGCACUAAUCCCUCCUUAAACCUCAAUAAUUCUCCUAUGGAAGGUGCAGGAAUAUCCCUCGCACAGUUCAUGUCUCCAAGGAGACAAGUUAGUUCUGGAUUGGCAACAAGGCCCAGGAUGCCAAACAAUUCAUUUCCUCCUAAUAUUCCAACAUUAAGCUCCCCUGUUGGCAUGACAAAUACUGCCUGUAGUAAUAGUAACCGAUCUUAUUCAAACAUCCCAGUAACAUCUUUACAGAGUAUGAAUGAAGGACCCAACAACUCCGUUGGCUUCUCUGCCGGUUCUCCAGUCCUCAGACAGAUGAGCUCACAGAAUUCACCUGGCAGAUUAAAUAUACAACCAGCAAAAGCUGAGUCCAAAGAUAACAAAGAGAUUGCAUCCAUUUUAAAUGAAAUGAUUCACUCUGACAACAGCUCCAGUGAUGGCAAACCUCUGGAUUCUGGGCUUGUGCACAACAAUGACAGACUCUCGGAUGGAGACAGUAAAUACUCUCAAACGAGUCACAAGCUCGUACAGCUUUUGACAACCACUGCAGAGCAGCAGUUACGGCAUGCUGAGAUAGACACCAGUUGCAAAGAGGUGCUUUCUUGCACAGGCACCUCUAACUCCGCCUCUGCUAACUCUUCAGGCGGUUCCUGCCCCUCUUCUCAUAGCUCACUGACAGAACGGCACAAAAUUCUACACCGGCUCCUACAGGAGGGGAGCCCGUCGGAUAUCACCACUUUGUCUGUGGAGCCUGAUAAGAAGGACGGUGCAGCUACUUCUGUGUCAGUGACUGGACAGGUCCAAGGGAACUCCAGCAUAAAACUAGAACUGGAUGCUUCAAAGAAAAAAGAAUCAAAAGACCAUCAGCUCCUACGCUACCUUUUAGAUAAAGAUGAGAAAGAUUUAAGAUCAACUCCAAACUUGAGCCUAGAUGAUGUAAAGGUGAAAGUGGAAAAGAAAGAACAGAUGGAGCCUUGUAACACAAACCCAACCCCAAUGACCAAACCUGCCCCUGAGGAAAUUAAACUGGAGUCCCAGACCCAGUUUACAGCUGACCUUGACCAGUUUGAUCAGUUACUACCAACGCUGGAGAAGGCAGCCCCGUUGUCAGGCUUAUGUGAGACAGAGAGGAUGGAUGGUACAGUUACCAGUGUAACCAUCAAAUCGGAGAUCCUGCCGCCUACACUCCAGUCCACCACUGCCAGACCCACUUCCAGGCUGAAUAGAUUACCUGAGCUGGAAUUGGAAGCAAUUGAUAACCAGUUUGGACAACCAGGAACAGGUGAUCAGAUUCCAUGGGCGAAUAAUACAGUGACAGCUGUAAAUCAGAAUAAACCAGAAGAACAGUGUAUUAGUUCACAAUUAGAUGAGCUUCUCUGUCCACCAACAACAGUAGAAGGAAGAAAUGAUGAAAAGGCUCUUCUUGAACAGCUGGUAUCCUUCCUCAGUGGCAAAGAUGAAACUGAGUUGGCUGAAUUAGACAGAGCUCUGGGAAUUGACAAACUUGUUCAGGGAGGUGGAUUAGAUGUAUUGUCAGAGAGAUUUCCGCCACAACAAGCAACCCCACCUUUGAUGAUGGAAGAAAGACCCAACCUUUAUUCCCAGCCAUAUUCUUCUCCUUCACCUACUGCCAAUCUCACUAGCCCUUUCCAAGGCAUGGUCAGGCAAAAACCUUCCUUGGGGACUAUGCCUGUUCAAGUAACACCUCCCCGAGGUGCUUUUUCACCUGGCAUGGGCAUGCAGCCCAGGCAAACUCUAAACAGACCUCCAGCUGCACCCAACCAACUUCGACUUCAACUUCAACAGCGAUUACAGGGACAACAGCAGUUGAUACAUCAAAAUCGGCAAGCUAUCUUGAACCAGUUUGCAGCAAAUGCUCCUGUUGGCAUCAAUAUGAGAUCAGGCAUGCAGCAGCAAAUUACAGCUCAGCCACCCCUGAAUGCCCAAAUGUUGGCACAGCGCCAGCGGGAGUUGUACAGUCAACAGCACCGACAGAGGCAGCUAAUACAGCAGCAAAGAGCCAUGCUCAUGAGGCAACAAAGCUUUGGGAACAACCUCCCUCCCUCAUCUGGACUGCCAGUUCAAAUGGGGAACCCCCGUCUUCCUCAGGGUGCUCCGCAGCAAUUCCCCUACCCACCAAACUAUGGUACAAAUCCAGGAACCCCACCUGCUUCUACCAGCCCAUUUUCACAACUGGCAGCAAAUCCUGAGGCAACCUUGGCCAACCGCAACAGCAUGGUGAACAGAGGCAUGACAGGAAACAUGGGAGGACAGUUUGGCACUGGAAUCAAUCCUCAGAUGCAGCAGAAUGUCUUCCAGUAUCCAGGAUCAGGAAUGGUUCCUCAAGGUGAGGCCAACUUUGCUCCAUCUCUGAGCCCUGGGAGCUCCAUGGUGCCGAUGCCAAUCCCUCCUCCUCAGACUUCUCUGCUCCAGCAAACCCCACCUGCUUCUGGGUACCAGUCACCAGACAUGAAGGCCUGGCAGCAAGGAGCGAUGGGAAACAACAAUGCAUUCGGUCAUGCUGUCCAGAACCCGCCCGCACAGCCUGGCGUGUACAACAACAUGAGCAUCACCGUGUCCAUGGCGGGUGGCAACACGGAUGUACAGAACAUGAACCCAGUGAUGGGCCAGAUGCAAAUGAGCUCUUUGCAGAUGCCAGGAAUGAACACCGUGUGCCCCGAACAGAUAAAUGAUUCAGCACUGAGACACACAGGCCUCUACUGCAACCAGCUCUCAUCCACUGACCUUCUCAAAACAGAAGCAGAUGGAACCCAGCAGGUGCAACAGGUUCAGGUGUUUGCUGACGUCCAGUGUACAGUGAAUCUGGUAGGCGGGGACCCUUACCUGAACCAGCCUGGUCCACUGGGAACACAAAAACCCACGGCAGGACCACAGACUCCCCAGGCCCAGCAGAAGAGCCUCCUUCAGCAGCUACUGACUGAAUAACCACUUUUAAAGGAAUGUGAAAUUUAAAUAAUAGACAUACAGAGAUAUACAAAUAUAUUAUAUAUUUUUCUGAGAUUUUUGAUAUCUCAAUCUGCAGCCAUUCUUCAGGUCGUAGCAUUUGGAGCAAAAAAAAAAAAUAAAA